GUCUGGUUGGAUAUGGGAAUGAUUUUAAUCGGGCUGUGGUGAAAAAAAUCGCUUUAGUAACUCCGCUCAAUACUCUAGUAUCAGACCACACGUUAAAGCAGUCAGCUGCUGGAGAUAGUAAUAUUAUAUCUGUUAUGAGCGUCCCCUCCACCUCUACUGCCGACAACACGUCGUCAUCAUUGUCGCCGCCGCCCGUUCACGGUACAGACAUUUCUAUCUCCAAUACGAAUGCUACCGCUGCUAUCACUACGAGCUAUCCUAUAGCUAACAAGCGCUCUAUCGUAUCGCGUAAACGUUACAAUGAUAAUUCUGUGAGAAAUGUGAAAAAAAAGAAAAACCGUAUGACCUCAUGUGUAUUCAAUAAUAACGGACCCGGAUUUCGUGAAAUCGACUCGUCUUUUUCCCGCACUGUAGUAUGGUAUUUUAGAAAAAAUGUAGAUAAUAUAAAUAAUUAUCGUGUUUUUCUUAAAUCUAUAAAAGCGGAAUUGGUUGACAGACUACGCGAAAGUGUAAUUUCUCAUCCGAUAAAAUACAAUUUGAAAUUAGAAUCUACAUAUGUUAUUCCACAUGUACAAUUGUAG